AAACAAGUUGCCAAAGCCAUCCGAUUGAAAGCCAUGGCUUUCGGACGGCGCCGCCUUCUGCGGCGUCUCGGGGUUUGGGCGGCGCUGGGUUUGGGUUUCGCGAGGGCGCCCAGCUUCUCGCAGAGCCGCGUGCUGCAGCAUUUGCUCCCCAAGAGCCCAGUUCUGCGCGGCGCCAAGGUCGGGGGCGAGGAUGCCCCGAGCGUCUUCUUGCUGGCGCCGCCCUCUGAGCAUCUGACCAAGUACCUCCUGGAAGACCCCUCCGAGCCCUUCGGCGCCGAGUGGCCCGAGCGCCUCUUUGGGGAGGUGGAGGGCCGGAACGAGCCGGAUGAGGCGGACCAAGCACCGGGGAAGUGGCAGAAGUGGGAUUUCCACUUCUCCAAGCGCGAGCCCUUCCUGCUGAAGGCGGACUGGCACUCGGUGCCGCGCUGGGGCGACCGCUACGAGAUCUUCGUGCCGCGGAAGAACGCAGUGGCGGAGGUGGUGAAGGCGCCCAACCGGACCAUGGCGCUGCUGGAGGCCUUCCGCGCGGUGAACGAGGCGGUGUGGCAGCGGAUGGCCCGCGGGCUGCGGGAGCUGCUGGCGGAGAAGCCGGAUGACAUCCUCAGGUGCCGGCUGUUGACGCUGCUCAUCGAGCACUUCGAGGAGCGGGGCUUCUUCGGCGCCAUCGAGGCCCAGGCGGGGCCGCCGGGGCACAAGGAGAUGCACUGGCACAAAGAUGGGGCCACUGGCCUGCUACACCUCGGGAUCACCCUCAGCGGGCGGCGCCGGCUGCAGCUGCGGGCGUGGGGCGAAACCAGCGACGAGGAGAGCUGGACCCAAGAGCUGUGGAUGGCGCCAGGCCACAUCUACCUCAGCUCCCCGUUCCUCUUCGAGCACGGCAUCACUUACAGCGGCGAGGGCAGCGGAAAGGGGCCCACGCUGGCGCUGAUGUGCCGCUUCGGAUUCCUCGACGAGGAGAAGGCGCUUUGGGUGAACCACCUACGGAGCCGCGAUAUGUUGGAGGUAGCCCAGCUCUUUUGCCAGACGCUGCGUGAGGCGGCAGAUGCCAAGGAGCUGAAGAUGCCGAGCUUGGCAGAGGUAAAGAGGACGGAGAAGCGGCUGGCCAAAGAACGCUGAGCCAACGGACACCAUUGCAGGGCAAAAAGAAGCCGCUUCCUUGUUUUUUUUUUGGGGGGG